AUGGCUCGUGGCGUGGGUCAUAUACACGAAGACAAUGCGUACAAAAUAUACGGAAGAUACAGCUCCGAUGCGGCACUUGAUUAUGUCUCGGACUUUAUUCUUGUCGUAGUGCCAUCAUCAUCCGAGAGCUAUGACCCGAUAACGAUCACCAUGGGGUCAUGUGUAUCUAGUAGUGUAGAUAGUACUGGUUUCAUGCUGGAAAGGCAGGCAGGAUGCUAG